AGUUCCAUGUGCAGACAGUUUGUAUUGUCUUAGUUGUGACGAUGUGACGAGAGCGAGGGACUGCGAACACAUUAAAGAAUGUGGCCCGCAUGAAGUGUGUGUAUCCACUCAGUAUGUGACCUCGAAUGGCAACCUCAGAAGAACAGUAGGAUGCAGAGAUUCACAAAAAUGUGUGAGCUCCGUUCCAAUGGGUAAACGGGCUGAUGGUACGGUGAUACUUUGUGACGAAUGCUGCAAUUCACCUUUUUGUCAGGCUGGACUUUGUGGCGACGAAAAUUACGUGCAAGAUAGAGGUCCUAUUUGUUAUAAUUGUAAUCAACAACUGGGAAGUACGGAUUGCAGUACGAUCAUUGAGUGCGGUCGCGAUGAGGUUUGCACCCAACACCUUGGAUCGUCUGGCAUGGGAGUCAGCCAGGUGUUCACCUCCGAAUGUAUGGAAAGAAAUCAUUGUGAAAAGCUUCGCCUAUCGCUCCCUGCAUCAGGCUUGGAAAUAACAGGAACGAACGGGACGUGCUUCGAUUGCUGUGAUGAUGAUAUUUGCAACAACGCAUGUAUCAUACCUACUCAAUCACCGAAUGCAGCCUGUGUGGAUGCAACGAAGAUAGAGACUUGUAAGCUGGCAGCCGGUUUUGUAUGCGGGGACAAAGACAAGGCGACCAACGCAGGCUGCCUUCAUUAUUGUGGAUUUUGUUAAAACUUAAUAUCAUUAAAACUGUCGAAAGCAA